AUGGCCGCCGUGCCGCAGUUUGCUUCCUUGUAUGUGGGCGACCUGCAUCCCGACGUGACAGAGGCAAUGCUGUACGAGAUCUUCAAUUCGGUUGGUCCUGUCGCAUCCAUCCGUGUAUGCCGUGACACCGUGACCCGGAGGUCUUUGGGCUAUGGCUAUGUGAACUUUCACAGCGUCUCUGAUGCCGAGCGUGCUCUGGACACACUGAACUACUCAGGCAUCAAGGGCCGUGCUUGCCGCAUCAUGUGGAGUCAAAGGGAUCCGAGCCUGCGCAAGAGUGGCCUGGGAAAUGUUUUUGUGAAGAACCUGGACAAGGCUAUCGACAACAAGGCCUUGUACGACACCUUCAGCCUCUUCGGCAACAUCCUUUCGUGCAAAGUGGCCUGCGAUCCAACUGGCAAAUCUCGAGGCUAUGGUUUCGUGCACUACGAAACAGAAGAGGCAGCAAAGCAGGCCAUCGAGCGCGUGAAUGGCAUGCAGAUCGGCGAGCAGACAGUUGCUGUUAGCAGCUUUCUCAAACGAGAUGAACGCGACAACCCGGCGGCCCAGAACUUCACAAAUCUUUACGUCAAGAACUUUCCUGAGGACUGGGACGAGGACAAGAUCAAGAGCAUGUUCGCAGAGGCGGGCACCAUCACAUCGACGCAUUUCGUGGUGGAUGCAAAGUCGAGAAGGUUUGCCUUUGUGAAUUUUGAGACCACGGAGCAAGCCAAGACAGCUAUUGAGCUGUUCCACGAGAAGGAUGUUCGAACCGAGGAACAGAAGGAAGCGGCCAAGGACGACGAAGAGGAUGGCAAGAGCUCGGUGCUGUACGUGCAGCGAGCGCAGUCCAAGCAGGAGCGAGCCAUGGAGCUGAAGCAGAAAAUGCCCCAGCCGGACAACUCGCGCCAGAGCCGAAACGCUGGCGUGAACCUGUAUAUCAAAAACUUGGACGAGAACACUGACGAAGCUUCGCUGAAGGAACUGUUCGAACAGUUUGGCACGGUCACUUCAGUCGCUGCCAUGAAGGAUGAGCGUGGGCAGUGCAAGGGCUUUGGCUUUGUUUGCUUUGCUUCGCCUGACGAAGCGACGAAGGCCGUGACGGAGAUGCACCUCAAGGUUGUGAAGGGCAAGCCAUUGUAUGUUGGGCUCGCCGAGAAGCGCGAGGUCCGUGCCGAGCGGCUCCGCCAGCGUUAUUCACCUGCCGGCAACAAGGGCGGCAAGGGCUGGGGCGAGAAAGGUGGCGGCAUGGGCAAAGGUGGAAAAGGAAAGGGGCCUAUGGGACAGAUGUACGGUCAGCAAGGAGGUUGUGGCAUGCAGCAGAUGUAUCCGAUGGGUAUGCAGAUGGGCAUGAUGGGCCAGAUGGGCAAAGGUGGUGGACCGCAGGGUAUGAUGGGGCCACAGAUGGGCAUGAUGGGCAAGGGAAUGCAGGGACCUGGAGCCAUGCCCAUGGGAGCCAUGGGCCCUAUGGGUGGCAAGGGUGGCAACGUUCCUAUGGUCGCCGGGAAGGGAAUGAUGGGACCGAUGCCCGGCAUGACUGGCAUGGGACCGAUGGGACCCAUGGGUAUGAUGGGACCUAUGAUGCGCCCUCCAAUGCAGCCCAUGCCCAUGAUGCGCCCAGGCAUGCCGCCUAUGCCUCAGGGCCCUCAGGGUGCUCGGCCACCCGCACCGCAGCCUGCAGCUCCCGCUUCUGGCAACAUGGGAGGAGGCGGCGGCGGUGGCCAGCCAUUGACACCGGCAGGGCUGGCAGCUGCACCCCCUGCCGUGCAGAAGCAGCUCAUCGGAGAGAGGCUGUACUCACAAGUGGCGAAGCAGCAGCCAGAACUUGCUGGAAAGAUCACGGGCAUGAUGCUGGAGCCAGGGGCAGAGAAUCAAUCGAGAAAGCUCCAGCUGUGCAGGAACCUUUCGGACCAACACGAGAAGGAUCUGGAAGAGGAGCAAAGGGCAAAGGGAACCUCGAAGGACGCUGUCCUCAUGGAUCCGGAAACAAAUCACAGCAACCGUCCAGCAGCCAAGAACUUCAGCUUUAUGCCAAGUUGUCUCUGUGGAACACCAGCCGGAGGAGGCUCAAGCCGGUCUUUGCAGUGCUGCAGCUGUCUGUCCUGGGACGCCGAGAAGAAAGGCACGGUACAGGAGGACAUGGAGCUGCUGCUGCUGAAUCUCGGCAAUACCUGCUUCAUGAAUGACUGGGAUGCUCCAACGACCGCUUUGGUGCUUGGAGUCUUGGUGUCGUCCGAAAGGCCUCGAGCUCAAAGCAGCCGCCAGAAGUUGCUCAUGGCCUUCGCGCACUGGUUCGAGCAGGACUGGGGCCGCCAAGCCGCAACAAAGUACAUCCAAGCCGGACGUGCUGCGGGCAGUGCAGCAGCCGGGUCCUCAGCUUUCGACUUGCAGACCCUUGCAGGGACACGAUGGCUGCUGUGCCCGCUCUUGUUCUUCAUGGAACGCCUGAUCCUGGUUUACCCCAAGGCACGACUUCUGCAAGUGACGCUGGGCCUAGCCGGCUGGACUUCCUGUCCUCGAGAGGAGCUCCGGCUCCGCGUGGCGGUCGCGAACGCUGACAGAGCUGUGGGCUGUGGGAUGCUGUGGGCCUGGGCCCUGCAGGAGGCGUCCUCUGACAAUGUGGAUGAACCAUCUACAUCCAGCCAAGCUGCCGCAGGCCAGUCCGGAGGCGGGGCCCAAGGCUCCGACACGGAGCCAAAAACUCACUUCGAGUCCAUUGUCUCCGAGCUUUUUCAGGGCAAGGUCGUCUCAUGCGUGAGAUGCCUUGAAUGCAGACAGAUAUCCAGGACGUCAGAAGCCGUCUAUGAUAUCUCUGUACCAAUACCGAGUGCAAACGAAACUGCAACUUCCGUCGGUGACGGCUCGCCGCUGUCAUCCGUCGGCUCGUCACCCAGCCUGCAAAGACAAGGGUCUGGCGGGUUGCGAAGCUCGUCCUGGUCGGGUGUUUUGAACUCUGUUGGUGGCAAGGUCAAAAGCUGGUUCUACGACAAAGGCGUACACCUGACCGACUGCCUUCGGAGGUACUGUGCUCCAGAAUACCUGGGCGGCAAGGACCAGUACUUCUGCGAGCGAUGCAAGCGAAAGCACGACUGCGAAAAGCGCAUGGUCUUCAAGGAGCUGCCGGAGGUUCUGUGCAUCCACCUCAAGCGCUUCAGAUUCGAUAAUGCAUAUGGCUGGUUUAACGGGUCCAAGAAUUCUCGCGUGGUCACCUUUCCCGUGACCACGACCCUGGACAUGGCACCCUUCAUGGAGGAAGUGCCGGCCCAGCCUAUAGAGUACAGGCUCAUUGGUCUCAUUCAGCACAUCGGUUCGAUGGGUGGUGGCCACUACAUCUCGUACUGCCAGCACAAGAGAAAACCUCAGGACUGGUACGAGUUCGAUGAUGUGCAAGUCACAUGCGUCACAUCUGAACAGGUUGAACGAGCAGAGCCUUAUGUGCUCUUCUACCAGCGUGUGCCGUCGAAAGCAGCCAAGCGCGACAGACAGACCUUCAAGCACGACAUGCGCAGCAUCCAGGAGCAGGUGAACAGCUACCUGAUCUCGCAGUCCCAGUCCUCCAGGCCCGGCAGAUCCAGCGAGGAUCUGCAGAGCCAUGCGCCCGUGGCACCACCGCAGGCCGUUACAGAUGAAAUCCGGAAUCAAGGUCCAGCACUGCGGAAUGUCUACCGGUUUCCCCCUCCAGAGUUGGACAUGGCCUUUGUGUCCAAGCACUGGUACGUUCGCCUCACGACGAUGAGCCAUCCUGGUCCGAUAGACAACUACCAGUACUUGUGUCCGCAUGGAAUGCUGGGCUACUCCUCCGUUCGAAUCUCGGAGUUCUGGGUUGCAUGGGUCAAGGCAAGUGGGCAUUUCGGCCACAGCCCCGAGGCUGAAAUGGCCGCGGAGCCUUUCUUCCCUAUCUCGAGAAAGCUCUCCCAGUCCUUGCUAGGCGGUGCCAAGAGACGGAAAGAGUAUCAAGGCGAAAAGCUCGCGUGCACAGGCAAAUAUGGGGGUGGUCCCGAGAUUUCGAAUCUGGACGUCUGCAGCAGGUGUCAGAGGCAUCUUGAUGCAUACAACCAGAGAAAGCAAGCAGAGUUUGACCUCGUGUCCAAGUAUGACACGAAGGAUACUGGAGAUGGACAGGGCUGGUAUCUUGUCAACGUGCUUUGGGUGAACGAAUGGAAGCGGUAUGUCAGGGGCGAGCGGGUUCACAGCGUCCAGGACAUGUGCGCACCUGGGCCCAUAAGCCAAGCGCAUCUCUUCGACAAGGAAGACCCGCAAAAGCUUCGGAAAAAUCUGAGGCUGAAGCUGGACUACAUUGGCGUGAAUGCCCGCGUCUGGUCGCUUUUCAUGCACGUUCAUGGCGGUGGUCCUGCCAUUGUCCGAGACGAACUUGACAUGUACUCUAAGGAGCUGCCUGUGGAGGACCUCGUGCCCGAAGAGCUGUGCCCACCAGGCAAUGACUUUGCAGUGCGAACCUCAAGGCAGUUCGUCGACGAGUGCCACGGAGAUCUGGAGCUGUACAGACGCAAAUAUGGAGGCGGUGAUGACACCACCACGGCCACCACCGCCAGCCAAGUUGAUGCAAAUUGCGAGACGGGCAAGAACGAAGUCGGCGAAGAGUCGCCUUCGCACAGUUUGCAUGAGGACACGCGGCCGGACGUGUCAGCAGGGUUCGCCACGGGUGCGGAGGAUGAAGACCUCCGGAAUUGCACCCAGACUUCGUUGCCUUUGUUUGUGCAAGAGCUGAGUGGGAUCUUCCCGAGGGCGAAGCAGCAGAUCAGUCCGCUGACAACACCCAAGAAGGAGUGUGACGGCGACAGUGACAAGAGCACAUCACCCGGCACAUCCCAGGUUGGAACCUCACCGUCCUUCGGCAACGCGCGGAGGCAGUUGGAGCUGGGCUUGGUGAGGAUGCGAGGCGAGCACGAGAGGCUGGACAAUCUGCAACAAAACUUCCAGGAGGUGCAGGUGGAGCUCCAAGACUCUUUCCGCAAGAUCCACUAUGAGAGAAGCAGGCGCCAAGCAGCCGAAAGGAGGCUCCACAGCACCGUUGAGCAGAUGGCCUGGCUAACUCAUCGCGUUCAGAAUCUGGAGCAAGAGUGCAUGGAAACACAGGCCAAACUGCGAAGGGAGCGCAAAGCUGGACGCAGGCAGCAGCGACGGCUCAGGCAACUGCAACAACAUUCGAUGCGGUUCAACGAUGAGAUUGUUGAGCCCUCCAAUAGCGGCUGGGUCCUGGCAAAGACCUGGGAUCCCAGACCAGCCGGUGGCCAGGAAGGCCAUGAAGAUCAAGCGACUGCGGCGGGGAAGUCGGGCAACGAGGAGCAGCGGUGUGCGCAGGACUUCAGCCAUUCAAGCCUUGACGUGCUGACUUUGCCAUUGCUGGAAUUCCUCCGAGUUCAGGACAUCGUACACCUUCGCACGUGCAGAAGCUGCACUGCUCCCGAGAUCCAGGUGCUUUCGAAGCACUUGGCGGAAAGCGCAGAGUUGGAGAGGAUUCCUCGGUGA